UCCGUCUUGUUCUUCCUUUCCUUUUCGUCUUGUCUGUUUUGGCACUCGCAGCAUGGUUCUGUUGGAAAAUGAAGCGUUUCUCAGCGAACUUACAAAGUUGUUCCAAAGGUACAGAUCAUCGGGAUCAGUGUACAUCACUAUGAAACGCUACGACGGCCGGGUGAAGCCGAAGCCCAGGGCCGAGAAGCUAGCUGCCAAUCCUAUCCAGCCGCCAGCUGAAUACAAGUGUCUCCUCAGGGCCCACGGGGGACCAAAGAAGAUCAGCACGGUGAUCAAUGCAAAAGACGUGAACAGGUUUCAACUGGCAUACGCCAACCUGCUCAAAGGCAACAUCGACGGACUCAAAAAGAAGGACAAGAAAAAGAGCACGGCGAAAGCGACGCAGUGACGCCUAUUUAUUUUCGUUGUGUUUUGGACAAUGCACAAAUAAAGGCCCUUUCAUAUGUG